GAACCAGUGUGGCGCACAGACCGGCGGCAGCCCUUACAAAGUGGGAAGUUUUCGCCAAAGGAUUCUGUCUAAAAAUUAAUCACCUUCAUGUCGACUCUGUUGGAAUCUAACCUGCCGAUGCUAUGGUUACCUUUAUUACGAUCUUACAGGUGAAUCUAGUGAUGUCCAUCCUGCUGUAUGUGAUGGUCCUCGUGUACCUCUAUGGUAUCCAGGCAACCAACAUGGACAGCAGUCACCAGGGACAACAGCAGCAACAGUCAAGUCCCGACCCCCUAAAUUCGCUCAUCAUUCAGCUGCUUCAGGCUGACCUGACAAAGGGGAGGACAAAGGAGAACCAGAGCCAACAGGGUAAAAGCCAGGACACUGAGCCCUUGGACACGCUGCCUCCUCUCCUCAGUGCAAACCUUCCCUUAGAGGCGGAGCAGGGCGAUGGGGAGCAGUGGGGGCCGGGGGGUCGCAGUGGAGGGAGCAGUGAUGGAGUGGUCGACCAGCAGGUGAUGCUGUUGCACACAGACCUUCUCAGGCAGCACAAGCGGUACAAUUCACCUCGGGUGCUGCUGAGCGACCGGCCACCGCUGCAGCCGCCGCCGCUGUACCUGGCUGACGACUUUGUGAGUGGCGGACUAGACGGUGGGGCAGUGGGAAACAAGACACGAAAGAAGCGAUAUGCUGAGCACAGGAGCUAUCGUGGGGAAUACUCUGUGUGUGACAGCGAGAGCCAGUGGGUGACGGAUAAAACCCAAGCAGUGGACACUAGGGGAGACCCUGUCACUGUUUUGGCCAAAAUUAAAACCAGUGCCACGCAGGACAUCAAACAGUACUUUUAUGAGACACGCUGUCGGACCCCCAGGCCCUUCAAAGGUGGCUGCAGGGGCAUUGAUGACAAGAACUGGAACUCGCAGUGCAAGACGACACAGACAUACGUUCGAGCACUGACGCAGGUUCGCAAUUCAGUGGGCUGGAGGUGGAUACGCAUAGACACUUCCUGUGUCUGUGCUUUGUCAAGGAAACGUCAUAGGACGUAAAAAAUAAAAACCAAUACAUGCUCUGCUGGGGACCACAUGUUUGGAAUUCUACUUCCUGGAGAGGAUUUUAUUUCCCGUUCACAGUGCUCCCUACCACAGGAUUUUGCGUUGUGAUGGUGAAGAGCACCAUUUUGCUAUGAAAAGAUACUUCUACUGAAGAAAUCUUGGGUCCAUUUAAAUGACAUUUCACAUUAAUGUGCUGCAAAUUCACAAGCCGAUUCAGCACUGCUGUUACAGAAACUCAUUGCAGAGGGGAGGGACGGAGUGUGUCAGGGUGUACUGUACAUAUAAAUUAUUUAAAUUAUAUGAAAUGCAUGUAGUUUAUACAUGUUAUCUAUCUAUAUAUGAUGUAUGAAUAUAUUUGUGUUAUUUAUUGAAAGAAGUCCUCUUCAAAAGGAAAAAAAAUGUCUAUAAAAAGGAAUGAAACAAGCUAUGAACUCAUUUUGAGACUAUAAUACAGAGCUGGGCUGCAAAGGUGCUUCAUAGUAAGACUUUUAACGUGCCUUGACCAGUGUGGCUGCAGAGCAGAGAAAUAGGACAUGGUAACUCAGAGAGCAGUUGCCACAAAUGUUUUGGUUGUCACAGAGUUGCAGGGACCUGCCCUGUCCUGUGGACCAGUGUGGACCAAAUUCAUAGCAUCACCCAUUAAUGAGACAGAUAACUUCAUCAGAGGGUAUAAUGACCCUCAGAUUUGGGACUUGCAACCAAACAUAUACAUUUACACUACAUACACAAUUGACCAAAAAGUUAUGUUGUAACACACCAUAAGUCCAUACAUUCCUCUGGAACACAGUAUUCACAAAAUAAAAAUAAAAAUUCCUCUUUGGAAUCUGCUGGCGGAGAUUUAAGAAAAUCCAACUGCUUGGUUUUCCUCAGACCACCUUGACUCUGUUCACCAUGUUUUACUCUCAACUGUUAUCAUGAGCUGUUUUUGUUUCUUCCUAUUAAUAAAAACUUAUAUUUCUUAAAGUUGGACAUUUCGUGAAAAAAUAUCCAUUACAAAGUCAGAUUUUUUUUUUAUAGUAACAAAGCUUACAUUACAUCAGCACUCUCCAGGCCUGGAAAUUGAAGUCAUCACGGAAAUUUUAGAAACUGCAGUUCCUCAAAUGACCACAUGAGGCUGGCUCCAAAAGGAAGUCAAUCUUUACAGACUCCUAUAUUAAAACUUUACAGCUGAAAUAAAAAUGUUCACAGCCUGCUACAAAAAGGGGGUUUUGGUCUUUCUAGAUAAUUUCUCUGUUCAUUACAACUGUACAGGGGUGAAUUCCAUGUAGCCCAUUUAUUUAAAUUAUAUUAAGGCUUAAAGUUAUGAACAGUCAAUGGUGUAGUCACUUGGUGUGACUUCUAGCUGUUUGCUAGGUGUCAUCUAUAUUCAUUCCACCAGGCUUCAUUCAGCUUGCCUCAGUUCAGUGCCUUUGUCCAUGUUUGGAUUAGUCGGGAGUAAGGGGGAGUCAGGCACCGCCAAGAUGGCAACAGCUACCACAUAUACAGCUCUUCAGAAACCUAUGGGUGACAUCACAGAGACUACAUCCAUGUUUUACAUAGUCUAUGGUGAAACAAUAUUAUAUUGCUCUCAGAAAUGAAACAACUAACUUUGUAUUGGCGGUUAUUCUACCAAACAUCACUUUGAGAAAAAGUUUCGUUACUAGCAAGUGUGGGAUUGGAUUGAUCACCUUUGCAUUUCACAUGCACACUGGAAAGUUGGAAAUUUCAUCAGAAACCAGAUAGAAGUCCCUCAACUAAGGUUCACAUUAAGGAAAGUGGAUUUAUGAAAUGUCCCUCUAUAGGCAGCUAAAUUAAAGUACUGGUUUAAGUUAGGAUAAGGAAAAGUCUGCAUAUAUUCCACAUAUUUAUUGUCAAUAAAUCCCAUGAAAGGACCAAAACUAAGAAUGAACAGAUCUUACUAACAAGUAUUGUAUGUGUAUCCAAAGCCAAUGUGCCAUAGAGUUCUACUGUUGUUCUAAACAUAUUAAAAACACAUCGAUGAGCUGCACAGCUUUGCUGGGUGACAUGUUCCUUCAUUCAAAUAAUGAGAUAUGAUUCCUAUGAGUACAUAAAAUAUUGAUUUAUGGACAGUGACUAUUAAAAGAUAAAGAAUGUCGAGAGUGUGAUAUAUAGAGCAGAGCUCCGCACAAGAGAGUAUAAAACCAUCAAUACUGAAAUUUCAUUUAGAAUUGAAACAUCUCACAUACAAAAAGAAACCAGUGGAGUUAUUUUAAAGAUGACUGGAUAUUGUGCCAGCGCCUUAUGCUGAGCUCCUUGUUAAUAAAAACUGGCACCUCAGCGCAUUAAACAUGUCUAUGCAAGGGAGAGGAGACAAUAUUUUUGAACAGUGUCACUGCGUUCAAGAAGAAACUCGUACUGUGGUUAAGUCACGUAUCCAGAGACAGAUUUUUAAGUUUUCCGGCAUUUGUCAGCACAAUAGCUGGACACCAUGAACAAACAUGCCUAAAGCUAAUUAUCACUACAUAUUUCACUGUUCCAAAAGAUUGAUAUCACAGCUAUUGCACAGAGAAACACAAAAAUAAUCACUGGAUAUGCUAUAGGAAUCAACAUGUACAGUAGUACAGAGAGUACAGAGAGAUUAACCUGGUGGUGAUAGACUUAAUCAGCAUCAUAUUACCUUACUAGUGUUUUAAAAAAAAUAAACAUGCUUGAUUUGAAUUCUAUAAAAGUGAGUAUAACACGGUAUAUAUGAAGUGUUUGUGACACAUUUUUAAAGAACUCCAGGGGCUGAAUUUCACAGUCAGGGUAGGGAAGUCAAACUAAUGCAUGGUUAGUUUUGAUACGAGCCUGGGAUUUGCUGAUAAUAAUAAGUGUAUAGAACAUUUUUUCCUUUAAAUAACUUAUUGAGGCAGAAUUCUCUGUCUAGCAGUGUAUCUAAGUGAUUUGUUCAGGGACUUCCAGGGAGUCUACAGUUGAACAGUUGAUACAGUUGAGAGAGAAAAAGUAAUGGUUUGUCAGAUGUCUGAUCAAUAGUCAUUAAUUCUGAUGCAGGAAGUAUCUAAUGAGAUUUCUACAAUGGCUCCCACUGUGUGCAGUGUUAAUGUAAUAUAAAUGCAGGAUGAACUCAAAGUGAAUCUUCAGUGAUGGUUAUCACCACAGUACUCUUAUUGUCAGAUAUUAGUUAUGGUAUUUAGUGUUUGGAAAUCCCAAAACAGCUGAUUCAGAACUUGAAUCUACAUGUCAAAUCCAAGAGAAAACUAGGCAAAAUCAUAUUUAAGCCUGAAACAUGGUUACAAAGAACAUAUCCUGCCUUAGAAAAGGAGAUUUCAGAAAAAUCCUAAAAAAAAUCAACAAUCAACAUCAAAAAUAUGAGCCGCUUAUUAUCAAAUUCCUUAAAUAUCACAUAUGCAGAGCACAGAGAUGCGUGUGUUAAGAGUAAAGGUGUGCUGUAUAUUAGAUAAUAUGAGAGGAGACAGAAUAACUUACAUAAUCAGAAGAUAACAAGGUUCCAUUUAGAAGUGAUAAAUAACAGAUGAUUGCUAACGUGACAACAGCACUUCCUGUUCCAUCAUCAGGUAUGAGUCAUCUUGAGUAUCAGUCUUGAAAGAACAUGUUCCACUGUGUUCUUUGAAAAUACACUGAUUUUCCAGAAUAACAUUUUCAGAGAACGGAUGCACAGUGUUUCUGGAUUCAAACAAUAACUGAAAGAGUCAGAGGACUGUUGCUGGUUUGGAGAGGGCAUCUUGUAAGGUUUGAUUUUGCAUAGAUUUGAUCUUUGACAACAAAUCUUGAGGAUUUAAAAGAAAACCCCAACUUUGAACACAAAGAACCUAAGUUAAAGUGUAAAAAGAGAUGGUUAUUGCUGAUGUACCUGUUUGUGCUCUCCAGAAGCACUUGUUAUUUUUUAUUAUUAUUUUUUGCAUUGUUCUUCUACUCAUGAACCAUUGGCCUAAUAUUUGACAUGUCAAGAAGUUUUCCAAGAGUUGCAAUGUGGUUUGGAAGCAGAACAUUUUUCAGUGACCUAAAUGUUGGUACCAGUUUUUGCGUUCAGACGAUCAGAAUCAAAAGUGUCUCUUGCUAAAGAUAUUGAUCACUUACUCUUGUAAAUGGUAGUUAUCCACUUUACUUAUUUUCCCUGUGUGAAAUGAGUAUGGUUUAUUGGUUUUGGAAAAGUUACAGAAAGGGUAGGACACCGCCCCACCCCAUCCCCUCCUCUGGGACUGUCUGCUUUUGGUACUACAGUAAAACAAUGUACAAAAAGUUGCUGGACUCAACGGAGCGCUAGAUGUACUGUUGAAAAAAGUACACAAGAAUAAAAAUGUGAUCCUGCAUUUUAAUCGAAAUGUAGCAUGAUUAGUAUUAUUAGCCACAGUUGGGAUAGUUCUCUAUUCUACUUUUCAGAUGAGAUGGUUAUAUUCCUCCUUUUGAAGUUUAUACGCCAGCACAUUUUGUUGCCGACAUACUUUGAUGGAAAUGAUAACAGACACAAAGCUUGGCAGUGAUGUCAGCCAACCCUGCAAACAGGUCAUCCAUUGCUGAUUAUCUCUCACCAAAGUUUGAUAGAAAAUGUGCCAACAUCUAUUAGACCUCCCAUCAUUAUCCAUCACCCCGCUCUGCCUCCCUGUAACCCUUAUUAUCAUCAGGCAUUUUCCCUCUCACCUAGACGUAUGACCG